UAGUCACGCUGGUGCAGGACGGAAGUGCCAGUCCUGGGUGGUGGGGUGUUGUGGGGCCUCUGCGGCCCUUCGCAGUGGUUGCUGGGAAGAGGACAUCGGCCAGAGUUACUGGGGCUGCCUGGGCUCGGCGCUGUGAGGCGGGAGGUCGUUGAAGACUAGGAUCCCGCCAGGUGCUCGACGGCGUUCCUCCUCCUCCCACGAGCCUGGAGUACCUUUGAGGAAAGCAGAGUACUUCUGUGAGUACAGUCUAUAUCCUGCCUCAGAUACCUUUUCCUGAAGGAUUGUAACAGGAUGUCUGCACAGUCGGUGGAAGAAGAUUCAAUACUUAUAAUCCCAAAUCCAGAUGAAGAAGAAAAAAUUCUGAGAGUGAAACUCGAGGAGGAGCCUGAUGGUGAGGAGGGAGCGAGCGUGUCCUGGAAUCAUCUCCCUGACCCAGAGGUUUUCCGACAGCGGUUCAGGCAGUUUGGCUACCAGGACUCACCAGGUCCCCGAGAGGCUGUGAGCCAGCUCCGAGAACUUUGCCGUCUGUGGCUCAGACCAGAGACACACACUAAGGAACAGAUACUGGAGCUGGUAGUGUUGGAACAGUUUGUUGCCAUCCUACCUAAGGAACUACAGACUUGGGUUCGAGACCAUCACCCAGAAAAUGGAGAGGAGGCAGUGACCGUUCUAGAGGACUUGGAGAGUGAACUUGAUGAUCCUGGACAGCCGGUUUCUCUCCGCCGGCGGAAACGGGAAGUGCUUGUAGAAGAGAUGUCUCAAGAAGACGCUCAGGGAUUACCAAGUUCGGAGCUUGAUGCUGUAGAGAACCAGCUCAAGUGGGCAUCCUGGGAACUCAGCUCUCUGAGGCACUGCGAUGAUGAUGUUAGGACAGAAAAUGGAACGCUGGCUCCAAAGCAGGAGAUUGCUUCUGCUGUGGAAUCUCAGGAAGUUCCUGGCACUCUUAAUAUAGGUGUUCCUCAGAUUUUUAAAUAUGGAGAAACCUGUUUACCCAAGGGCAGAUUUGAAAGAAAGAGAAAUCCCUCUCGAAAGAAACAGCACAUAUGUGACGAAUGUGGGAAGCACUUCAGCCAGGGCUCAGCUCUUAUUCUUCACCAGAGAAUCCACAGCGGGGAGAAGCCCUACGGGUGUGUCGAGUGCGGAAAAGCCUUCAGCAGAAGCUCCAUCCUUGUGCAGCACCAGCGAGUCCACACCGGUGAAAAACCUUACAAGUGUCUUGAGUGUGGGAAAGCCUUCAGCCAGAAUUCUGGGCUUAUUAAUCAUCAGCGAAUCCACACUGGGGAGAAACCUUAUGAAUGUGUUCAGUGUGGAAAGUCCUAUAGUCAAAGCUCAAACCUUUUUAGACAUCAGAGACGCCACAAUGCAGAAAAACUUUUGAAUGUUGUGAAAGUUUAAGAAAUUAGGGGGAAACAAUGAGCACUCAGGUCUUUCUCUUCAGAAAUGAAGACAAUUAAAAACAUGAAGUGAUAAAGAAAAGUUUUUUUCCCUGUUGAUUGAGAAAAUCCACUGGGAGAUACAAAAAAAAUUCAUUCACCAUUUUUAUCUCGAAAGAAAUGGUGUUAUGCCUAGAAACUGAAAUUUUAAAUAAUUCAGGUAUUAAUACCUAAAAUUUCCAUGUGAUAUUUAUAUUCCCUUUUCUCCCAAGUAAUGAGCUACCUGAUUCUUUGUCCCUUUCUUAACAAUUUCCUUUUUCAGACAAAGAGUUUAUUUCUGUGUUGGUCAUUGGAAUGUUGUUUUAUAAGGAUACAUACCUUUCUAUUUUAAAAGGCAACAUAGGAAUUGUAAAAUCUAAAAGCCCAUCAUUUAAAAACAUCCUUGAACAUUUAGUUUCCUUUUGUUCAGUUCGAGUAUAUUUGGGGAAAACAGAAGAUAAAGGCUAGUCAAAGCCUCAGUGUUAAAUGAGCCUUAAGAUCUCAGGUGAGGGAUGGUGGCAGAAUUUUACAGAGUGAAGGGAGAAACUGGAAAAGUUACACACUGAGGUGUAUCAGUUACAUACAGUCAUCUUUCCUUAGGAAAACUUCAACAAAAAACCAAACAAAAAACUGAUUUUAUCUAAGUUGUGGGCAUCUUACUAAUGAGGAGCGUUUUCCUAUGUAAACUCUUGUAGGCACUUGCAAAGUGAAGGUAAAUGUAACACUAAGGAAGAAUGCUGGUGUUGAAAGGCAGAUGUAAAAUUAAGGCACUUAGAUGAUGUGGCUUUUAGAAAAAACUCAAAUCUAACUCAUUUUGCUCUCAUCCUAGUUAAGGAUGUAGAAAACUCCUUGAUGGGAGGGCAACAAUAUCAGGUUUGCUCUUUUUAUUCCUUUGGUACAAAAGGGUUGAACACCAGGCUAAAACAGCCAUGCAUUUGUUACUAAACAUUUUACCGACAAUGCACUGUGCUAGGUACUGUAAUCCUACUGUAAGUAGGUAGGUAUUUGUUCCACUGUAAGUCAUAAGGGGUUUCCCCAUCAGCAUUCCCAGGUCACCUCUGAGAUUCCCAGAGUUGUAGUUCUCUUAGCAGCAUGUUGUGUUUGGAGGGAGAGAUGUCAGCUCAGAAAGCUAGCUAGUUAGCUCUUCGCACUUUUCAGAGGUGAGCUCAAGAUACCCUCUAUUAGUUUAAACAGUUUUGAAUCUUAAAAAUCCAAAUGUAAUUUCUAGUAGUAUUGUAGUUAUAACUACAUGUUAAGUUGAAUGGACCGUUCUACUUUAAAAACAAAUAACUAGACUAUGAAUAACUAGUUUUAUUAACUAGCAGAAUUGAUUGAAUUUUUUAAUUUACAGUCUUAACACAUUUUUAAAAAAAAAAAAUAUUAAAAGUUUAGUAGUAGGAUUCUGUAUGCCCUGGCUAAGAAUCCAGGCACUGUGGUUCUGCUGUUUAGUGGCAAACUCUGGAAGUUAAAGCAUUGAAUAUAUGAAAAUAUGGGUUUUUUAUUUGUUUGUUUGUUUGUUUGUUUAACGUAAGACAGGCAUCAUUACAUGGAAAAUGAUCCAUGGGAGUACAAAUAUUUCCAGCAAUUUGGGUUAUAUCUGGUACUUGGUCGAAUUUUAAACUGAAAAGUAAGAUUUUUGUGUGAGUCUAUUGAGAACAGUUCUAAAUGCAAUGCAGCUGGUGAAAUGAGGCAGAAUGAAGCUUGUUCAUAGAUUUCUGAUAACAAUUCUAAGAAACGUGCUUUAUAGAUUAAGAUUUAUUGAAGUAUAAAUAUGUAGUAAUGCUAUAAUGUAUUUUUAAGUUCUACAAGAAAAUGUAGGGACUUUUGUUUGGGUCUUUCCUCUGCGGCUGAGAGGAAACAGGUUAAUGUCCAAUAAAGCUGUAACCGCCUCUGCUCUAAGGUAGCGUGACCUGGAAUCGCGUUACUUACCUGUUUAUGGCUGGUUCCUUCUCAGUAGGUUCUUGAGGUGGCACAUUUGAUGACUGCUGGGAUGACAGGGUAGGUAAUAGGGGAGUCACCUGUCAGGUGGAAGGCCAGACUUACCAAUUUUAGGGGUAGAUUUGGUAGUGUGAAAGCACAGAAGAGGUGGUAUUAGAGUUGGCAAAUAGAUGUUGUCGUGCCGGCUCUGACCCCUGUGUAUCUCUUGGGAAGGAAGCUCAGACAAGGGACUGGUCUAAAACCCCUCAUGGUAUACAGGAAAAGGAAAGCAGUGGGUGUGUAUUUAACUGACUCUGCCUAGGCAUCAGUCUACACUAGACUGAUUAAUUUACAGUAACAGUGAUUGUUGUCUGCAGAACUGUCCCCACACAGAUCAUCAUAAUUUGGGGGUACCCAGUCUAAUGAAGUAGACGUGAGCAUGUGGCAAGCAGUAGCCUAGCCAACACCUUUCUGGUUAGCAUGUGAGCACUCGUGUGAAGGCAUGCACACUAAUGGGCCCAACAGGCUGUCUGCUGAUUUUAUAGUCACAGAUGUUUGACCAUUAGCAGCCUGUCUUAGAUGCGUGUGAGCUUCGGGGAGGGUGCCUGUUCUGAGAGAAUGUGCAUGCUAAACAUGCUUGGAAUACUUAAUCAUCUAGAUUUGUGGACUAGGAAAACAGGACCCAACAGUCUUGGAACUUGUGACUUGGAAAUGGCCACUUAGAACUGAAACACAAACCUAGUUCUGUGGAUUCCACAGGUCGGUUUGUUUGUUUGUUUGUUUGCUUCUGUCAAGAGUGAUGGUGUUAGCCAGGCGGUGGUGGCACACACCUUUAAUUCCAGCACUCCAGAGGCAGAGGUAGGUGGAUGUUUGUGAGUUCAAGGCCAACCUGGUCUACAGAGUGAGUUCCAGGACAGCGAGAACUAGGACUGCACAGAGAAACCUGCCUCAAAAACCAAAUUAAAAAAAAACCUGAAAGUUAUAUGUACCAAUUUAAAUUUUCCACAAUACAGAACAAAAGAUGAAAAAAGACAUCAGAUUUAGCCAGAAAUGGUGGUAAUCUGGUUUAUUGCCCUUCCAAAUUUAGCUCUAUACACGUUUAAGCAAACACCUUUAAAAUAGCAGUCUUGGAUUGAGUACAGGCACCGACUAAAGUGCCUUACUCUGCUUUAAUCCUCAGCAGACCUGAGGUAGUUACAUAGCUCCAUCUACUGUAGAGAGACUGACUUUCCCUCCCGUACUGCUGUGGACAUUUUCCAUAGUUACAGUAUUCCUUUGCGUUACUACACUUGCAGUCCUUCUAACCCACCUGCUACUGAUGGGUUUGUAGGUUCUUUAUGCAUAACAGAUAACAGUUGCUACCCAUAAACAGAUUCUACUACCUAUGUAGUUGUCCCUAUAACACAAAUAACUAGAAAUGGAUUCAUUGGGUCAGGGAAUACAUAUUUGACAUUUUUGAGGAAAUAACAACUUUAAAAGUUGGACUAAUAACUCCAUUAAUAGUAAGAAUGCCUAUUUGCCUGCACUCCUGAUAGUACUGCAGCCUGAAAAAGUUUUGCUCAUCUUACAGACCAGGUCUUUUUUCAUUUUCUUUUUCUUUGUGUGUGGUGUGUGUGUGUGUGUGUGUGUGUGUGUGUGUAUGUAUGUGUGUGUGUGCACGCCUGCAUGUGCACCUUUAUUAGUAAGAAGGAACUUUUUUUUGUUGUUGUUCAUUGGCUGUUUCAUGUCCUGUUCUGGUCUUGUUCUUUUCUUUCUUUGUUCUAAUUAUGGAAGUAUAAAUGACUAAGUUAACAUCUUAUAAAACUUAAGACAGACAAAUAUAAGACCAUUUUCCCCAGGUCAGUUCCAUUUUCCAGUUUACAUCCUGGUACAAUUUGUACACAUUUCCACAUGAAUAUACAGAAAUGUGGACACCUUUUAAAUAAACGGAAUUAUUAUGAAUUUUAAGACAUCUUUGUCUUAUAUAUUCCGUCUUCAAACUCCUGGAAGGUGGAUGGCUGGCUGUAAGGCAUUUGCUGCCUGACCCUCUCCUCCAUCUUCUGACAGAUAGCUGUAGCAUCUUCACCUCUGUAGAGUACUCAUUGCCCACAGAGCUACCUUACCCACACUGGACAGCCCAUAUCUGUUUGGGAAAAGGAGAGAGAAGGAGAAACCUUCCUAUUUGCAUUUCCCUAAUGAAUAGUGAAGUCGGUCAUUUAUAAUUUCCUGAGGAUUGUUCAUUCAUGCUUCUAUUGCCUUUGUACUGGGUUAUGUGGGUAUCUGUGUUUGUUCAGCAUCUCUUCCCUCAUUUACGGCAACAGUAUCCCUAUUUAUUGUGGUUAACCCAUUCCAUAUGGCUUUGGUGAGCACAUGACCAGGCUUGUCUCCUGAGCCACACUAGCCACAGUGAUUAGAAAGUGGGCAUCGAUCUGAAGCAGGCUAAGGAGAGUGCUCAAGAGAACAGCAACUCCUGGAAAGAAGGCUUUGGAGACACUGGAGACCCAAGGAUGAUGGGAGCCUGCAUUUUUCCUAUGUGGAGAAAGUCUCUGAGGAGAAACUCAGAGGCUAGCAGAGAUGGUGAAAAACUAAGUUUUGAUGUCAUUUUUCUGGAGGCCCUAGAUCCAGUUGUGCCUAAAGCCUACCCUACCUCUGGACUUUAAAGUUUGUGAGCCAAUAAAGUCCCUUUCUUGUUAAAGAUAAUUGUAUUUGUCCUGAUUAAUAUAGGGUAUUUGUAUUUUCUUGUUGAUUUGUAUAAACUUGUAGUUUUAAUUCUAGAUUCACACAUUAUAUAAGUUAAUAAAAUUCGCAAUGGCCUUUUAUAA